GUGUCUGUGUGUGAGUGACUGUGUGUGUUCGCGUGUAUGUGUGUGUAGAUCAUCCCCCCAGUCGAGUCCGGGACUUAAGCCACGCCGGUCCAGUACACGACGCAAGUCACGCCUGUUUUUUUUCCCCCAUUUAUUUAUUAAUGAAAUCGAAGCCAGAAAUUGAAUUAAAAGAAAAAAAAAAAACGGAAAUCAGAGGACAAGAGGAAACUCUAUAAUAAAUUGGUGUACAUGUGCUAGGGUGUGUGUGUGUGUUGUCGUUUAAUAAGUGCAUAAUUGUGUCAGUGAAAGAAGAAAAAAAAAGAAUUCAAAUUCAAAGAUGGCCAUUAAGAUGUACUGAAAAAUUAGUACGUGAUUAGUUGUUGGAAAAAUGGCGGCCAUCAAGCAUAACGGGUUAAGCCAUCAGGGCAGCUGUAGCAACAGCAGCAAUGGUAGUAAUAAUGGUAGCGUGAUGAGUGAUUGUCAUGUUACGGCAGAUGGAGAUUCGUCGCCUGGAUUUGAAUGGGUCGGCGCAUCGUGCGGCCACCACGGCACCUACACCUUUUACAAGGCGGUCAAAUUAUCUACAUCGAUGCAUCGACGUGUCCUCGCAUUGGGCGAUUUCUUCUUUGUUAAAAUGUGGACAGAUCAAGAAAUCGUUUCAAUCGGUGAACUGCAAUUAUUGUGGGAGGACGACAAAUUUCCCGUACACAACAACGGCCAUCAUCAUCACAAUCAACCAUCUUCAUCGCCGCUGGCCAGUCUCAAGCUGUACUUUUUGCCUGAAAACACUCCGGAUGGACGGCACGAAGAACAUGGAGAGGAUGAGGUAGUUUCUAUAUCGGAGAAGGUCGUUUUGAAAAUUUCGGAUUUGGCGACAUGGCUCGUUGACGAUGUCAAAUGGGAGAAAGGCGCUCCUUCCGUGUGGGAGCGCCAGUGCCCUACUCCGCCGCCGUCUCCACCGGAUUCGCCUGACGCGGCAGAUGCGACGGAAGGAGCGGCCAUUCCGCCUACCGGGGCUAAUAUCGGUGUGCUGGACAUGCGCGACGUCAUCAAGGAGAAACAAUCUAUCGGUGAUGCAACUGGAUCGUCAAACGUUCUCGUCCUGAGUUAUCCGGCUUACUGUCGCUAUCGGUCAACAUUAAAGCGACUGGAAGGACACAACCAGACGGAUUACAUGCGCCAAGCCGUUGUGGAAGCCAUCGGAGGACGGGCAGCUCCGUGUCCCAAUACACGCGUUGUCUUUUGUAAAGAUACUUUUGACUACCCAGAACUCGAAGAUCAUGAACUCUUAUGCAACCAUCUCGCACCGAAAUGGAAGGGCCGUCCCAGGAAAAUGCUUAAAAAGCGAAGUCAUUCGCCCGGCUCGGAAUCGAACGAGUCUGAAUCGUCCGUCAGUACCGUUACCUCUUCGUAUAGGAGUAAAGAUUCGCCCAUGAAGCCCGGAAUUCGAAAUGUUCCUACUCCGUAUCGAGCUGGUGACAGACCCAAGGGGGAACAAGUAUUUAUGCAGAAAUUACACAAAUUCAUGGCCGGACAAGGAACACCUAUUGGCCGAUUGCCCAGCCUAGGAUUCAAACAACUCGAUUUGUUCCUGUUUUACACGAAAGUGCAGCGAGCGGGUGGCUAUGAAGCGGCCGUGGCUAAUAAACAAUGGAAAGGCAUUUACAUUGAAUUAGGCGGGCAUCCUAGCAACACUAGCGCCGCUACUUGCACUCGACGACAUUAUGAAAAGUUACUGCUACCCUAUGAACGAUAUGCCACGUCCUUGGCGGUAGAAGAAUCGACAACGGCCAGUACUUCCGUCGCCACUCCGCCAAAGAAGCGCAAAAUUUCUGACGUUUCUGAUCUGCCAUUUGAGCUCGCGGCAGCGCCGGUAGAGCACGUAGAAGAUGAGGAAGACAAGAACCUGCCAACGCCAUCUAACGGUGGCGGGGGCACGGAUGCAGGACGGAUGGAUCGGUUACGGAUCGUCGAGAGUUGCCUGCCGCAAUCGGCGGAAGAGUCUUCUAAAUCACCAAAGAUUGUCGAGAGUUCAUUACCAGGUUCGGUUAUUGUCCGACAUCCACAACCGCCACCACCCCUGGUUUCAUCGGAAGCGCCUGACGAUGGUGUCCAUUCCGAGCCGGAAAUCAUGAUUCUGUCGCAUCCUCCUCCAACAACGUCUCAACCUAUCGCCAAAGUGGCUGUGCGCAGUGAUUUGACUCAUCCAGCCGACGGAGAGGUUCCAGUUGAAAUGAAGGAACAGUUGAAAGCGGCAGCAGAAUCUACCAGUUUAAAUCUAGCCGGAUUAAUGGCAGCCGGCGAUCGAGCUAAUCUACUGGCCGCCUUUUCAGCUGCAGCUGCUUCCGGCGAUUCCAAACAACUUUCGGCACUCGGCGAUUUCGCUAGAUACGCACAACAGUUGGAUGCAACAAGCGGAUCGGCUGCAAAGCUGAACCGGAAUAAAGAAUCUAAAAAUCAUGCGGGCAGUGGUGAAGUGUCAAAAGACGGAGACAUCCGGCGACCGUCGGUCAUUCAAAAGAACUCGGUCGAUGGAAGGACAAGUAAAAGCGGCCAGCAAUCGAGCGGAUCGUCGUCGGCGCAGCCAACAGAAUUGGGUUCACCACCUCCAGCUCAUAGUCAGAAACCAGUCACUUUGCCCAGCAUUCCGGCCGGAGAAGUUCCGGCUUCGGAGCAGCUGCGUCAGUGGUACGCACAAAUGCUUUCGGACAAAGCGACGGGCGGCAAUCCAUUGCCGGCCAGCGCUGCCGCUAUGCUGGAAUUAACUCUGAGGCCACCUGCUCCGGCGGCAGCCACUCCGUCCAUCUUCGUCCCGUCCCGACGCAUCUACGUCGAUCCCAAUUUGGACAUCAAGAAGAACCGGAAUAGCACCGCCCUUGCGGCUGGAUCGUCGUCUGCUAUUCCGGCUGCACAUUCGAAAUUAGCUAUUCAAUCUAGUAAUAAAAUGUCGCCGACGCCAAUCAAUACGGGACCACCUCCUCUUCAAAACAUCACUCCGCCUCGUCCGGCUGCAUCUCGACCGGUUGCAGCUCAGACCAACCACGUCCGCGGUUCCACUGCACCUCAGUCACUCGCACCCGCGGCACGGCCUGCCGCCAUUCCACUGGUUGACUUGACUAGCCGAUCCAUCAACAACAUGAAAGCGGAAGAUCAUCAUUCCAGCAGGAAAGCCUCGCAGCCAUUUGGCGCUCAUCCUUCUAGCCAAAUGGAAAUGAAUGGCAAACCUUUGCUGGAUCUGAGCGCACACCAACAGAAUAAGCUUCCAGGUCUACCCAAGUGGAACAGCUCUCCGCGAUCCGGCGAUGUGUCUAUCAGCCUCAACGUCAAAAUCGAUGGCGUUGGAUCGGAUGCGAAAACAUCCAGCGGCGCCAGUAGUUCAAAUGCGCAACAACGCCAUUCCGUUUCUGUCGUUCCACUCGUCAAAGAAGAGAUGUCUAAUUCUCGGCAGCACCGGAAGGAGAAGGAGAUGAUGCGGAUGGAUCGCGUUUCCGUCACGCCACAGCAACAACAACAACAACAGCACCAGCCAGCAGCAGCAGCUAUUACAACAGCCGCAAGCGCAGCCACAAGCGCAGCCGCAAAGUUAUCCGCGAAUGGUUGACAGCUUAGUGACGAUGAACGCCUCCUCGAGUGGCGCCUCCUCUGUGACCAAAUCCGGACCAAUAAUGGCAUCUUCGCAUUACGGUGGAUCGUCUUCUUCCGGGUCCAGUAAGCCGACUACAUCCAGUUCGUCUGCUGGCCUCCAUGCUGGCUAUCCAGCGUUACUCGAUCCGGCACUAGCGUCCUACUAUUCGUCGUUCUACUCGUCGCACAUGUACAACCUUCCGGCCGGAGCUUUCAUGGCCGCUGCGGCUGCUGCGGCACCGCCACAACUUCAACACACGCCAACUUCGUCGGCCAUGUUCCACCACCAUCAUCACCAGCAGAUGAUGCAGUCAAGCGCGGCGGCUGAAGUGACAGCUCAAGUCUACAAGGACAUGAUCCAGCGCGGAUACCCACCAGCCUUGGCACCGGUACUUCCUCCCGGAUUAAGUGGUCUGCCUGGAUUAAGUUCUCUAGGAUCUUUUGCCGCCUCCAUGUACUCGCCAAUGGGUGGAGGCAAAGAUUCAACUCCGGCCGAACGUUCUCUCCCCAAAUCAUGAGAGUUCCCAUUAUUUUAUGACGACCUUGUGAAGAUACAGUCUUUAAAAAAAGCAAACAAAAAAACUAACAAUUGAUUUUGGGUGUGUGCGUGCGUGUGUGUGUGUGUGUGUUUGUGUGUGUGUGCACCGACGUGUAUGUGUGUCAAGGAUUUGUAAAUGGAUAGAAGCUUCUGUAUUUGGAGGCUACCGAUGGAAUCGAUUCGCAAAAAUUGUUUUUGAUUCAACUGAUUUUAUUUUUAGGCUUGUAAUGCCUGAAAUGAGUCCGGUCUUUGCGCCGUUUCCAUCGUUUUUAUUUGUCCAAAUUACUGUUCAUUUUUACAUGAUAUCUCUUAAGAGUUGCAACUGUCGAGUCGAAAACAUUUUGUAUCACAGAAUCGCUUGGCAAUGAAAUUGUACAUAAGACAUUUCCCCCUUCCACCACUCUGAAUUUCGAAUUGUACGUUAAAAUUGCAUCCGUUUCUCACCAUCCUUCUUUCUAUUUUGUGUUUCUUCCUUUCUUUCCCUGUCCUUCCAUUACCUCAUUUCGUGUGUUGAUGCCGGGAAAAUGGCCGUUUCUGAGUGUAUCCCCGGCGGAGAAAACGUGAUGUACUCUCGCAAGUACACUGCAUUAUAUUUCUA